UUAGGCCCGAACAGCUAGGUCAUGAACCGGCACAACCAAGUGCAAAUACACGUAAUAACAACAUAUCAGAAACUCCUUCCCUGCAUUUCAAUGUUUCGCUUCAUCUUCUCUGCUCCGUCUCUACAUCUCGUGUUCGCAACCGAAAAAAGAUCAAAGAUAAACGACUCCACAAUGUUCAACAUCCUCUCGGUGGAUUCAAUCCUUGUGCGUGAAAAUUCUAAAAGAACGGAAUCAGAUCGAAGAGAAAAAAACUCACCGAAACGAAGCUUCGGCGUGAAUCAGGUUUUGUUAAUCAAUUAUGAUGUAGGCUCUGUUUGUCGUCUACUGAGGAGAGAUUGCAGGGAAUGUUAUUUUAUGUCAAAUGAAUUCUACAGGAUGCCUUAUGAAAUUGUCCUGGUGUGCGCAGAGGUGUUACUUGGACUCUGUGAAGCUAUGUGAGGUCGGUUCAAGCAUUUUUCCAUAGUUGAUUCAAAUGGGAGGUUCUCUGUUAUAACCUCUGUACACUAUCAGACUCCACAUUCCAAACACAAGACAACGGAUUGCACUUACUGCAACACAAAAUAUACCAGUUAGAUCCAAAUCUAUCAGCUCCAGUAAUUCCAUUCUACUGAUGGAUAUCUCCCAAGUAUCGGAAGAAGCUUGCACAAACCCUUUGUGAUACACUUCUGACUUCGGAAGGGAAGUGAUGGAGAAAAAAAUGCUUGACCCUGUUAAUGCCUAUUCGGAUUUCUGCUUGGAGUUAACUUGAGUUGCUUAUGGAAUAUUGUCUUUUCACAUGGCUAAUUGCAAUGGACUGUUAUGGUUGGCAUAUAUUAUUGAUAGAAGUCAUUGAAAUUAAUUGGAAAAUCUGUUUUAGUUUGUUAGAAGUUAGUUUUAAUGCAUUGUUGUUCAUUCUGUUAGUGUAGAUCUUGAUGUUAGUUUGUUUGCUGAGAUCAAUGGCUUAUGAAAUGUUGGAAUAUUGCUUAUAAAGCUUGCUUAGAAUGGCUUGAAGAACCUUGAGUUAGCUUGGCCUCUUUUGUAAAUUUGUGAAUUAAACAUUGUAAAUUAAAAUGUAAAGUGAAUUAUGGAAUUGUUGUGGCUUUUGCUUGGCAUGAAGAAUUGGAAUGGUCUUGUAACUUUUGUAAUAAUUGGUGAAAAAUGUAAAGAUUGGUUUGUAAUAAUUGUAAAGGAAAGUUAUUGUAAUAAAAUGGAAUUUGAUUUUGAAUA